AUGUCACUCCAACAUACUGGUCCGUCGACAUUCUAUACUGAACUAGCUGAAAUUCCACUUCCUGUAUCUGCUGAAUUCAUUGACGGCGAUGUUGCACGGACAUUCGACAAUCAGUGCACAACCUCUCAUGAUUCAUCCGAAGUAAAGGCGUUCAAGACAUCACCUUCUCAAAGCUCGUCAAGCGAUCCUGAGAGAGAAGCUUCUUUGGAUGUAUCAAACUACCAUCAAGCUUUCCUCACAGAUGAUUUCCUAUACUCUCUCUCCUUUUCCCCCUCUGAAACGUCCCUACUAUACACUGCCGAAGCAUCUCUCAACACCGAUGAUGAUCCAUACUUCAAAUUUAGAUACGCACCUCACUUUGGUGAUACCUCUCGCGCAAAGAAACAUCCUACCAUCUUUCUAUUCAACUGGACUAGAUCCCCUGCCUUCGCAAGAGCAACUACACAAGACUUGGCCCUUGUUGUAAUUCCGUGUCAGUCCACCAAAACACCAAUUUUAUUCGCCCAAGCCACAUUUGCAACAGAAGACACAAUCUUCGCAACAGGUCACGAAUACACUAUAGACGGCCGUCUCCUCGGCGCAAAAGGAUGCUUCAACCGUCCCAUGGGCAUAUGGCAACUCACUUCCCCCAAAGGCUCGUUCCGCUCCCCAUCCGCAUCAAGACUCACUCUCCCAAACAGAUCUUGUCGUUCCCCUCGCGUCUUAUACCACGACAACCAGCCCAUCAAACUCUUCUGGUUCUCAAACCCCGUAGGUGGCCCUCACGCAUCCUGCGUCUCUCUCGAAUUCCGCGACCUUCUCACAGGCAUUAACACUAUCCUCGUAAACAGCGUAUUCGAACCUACCCCCUCAAACGACUUUCCAGGCCUCUACACAGAAUACAACAUGCCUUCAAGCCCAUUUCUACGCCGCGCAGACCGCGUAUACAUUGUGCUCCAGUCUAUAUGGCACUCACGCACAACUGUUCUCUUCAUCGAUACCCAAUCCGGAGCGAUCAUAAAUGCGACCACAUUAGGCGACGGACCGUUGUAUAGCUGGACUGUACACGCUACGGAUAAUAAGAGUCGGUUUAUUUGCUCAAGGAGUACGCCUACUACCCCUUGGGAGGUCGUAUCAGGAUCUUUUGAUCAAAAUGAUACCCUCCAAUGGAAAUUCCUUGACAAACCGAUGAUAUCUUCUACAAUCAAAGAAGCCCUUGACGACUUAACACCAUCCAUCAUACCCAUCACCACCCGCGCACCAACAGAAACGCUCCUCAUCCAGUCCAAGAAAGCUUCUACGAGUAAUGGCCCCAAACCAGUGUGCGUCACUAUCCCGCACGGAGGACCCCAUGCGACAUCGACUACUGCGUUUGUUCCAAGUGUUGUCGCAUUAGCACUUGAAGGAUACACCCUCAACCUGCCCAACUACACAGGCUCCAUGGGAUUCGGCCAAGUAUACAUCCAAAAGCUCCUCGGACACUGCGGGAGCAUGGACGUCGAAGACGUCGCAGAAAGCGUUAGGGAGCUUAUUAAAAGGGGCGUUUCAGAGGAAGGAAGACAGGUCGUGAUGGGUGGCAGUCAUGGCGGGUUUAUCGCUGCUCAUCUGAUAGGUCAACACCCAACCCUAUUCAACGCAGCAUCACUCCGCAAUCCCGUCAUCUCAGCAGGCGAACUCGCAUCGGGGACUGAUAUCCCUGAUUGGGUUUAUUCUGAAUUCGGUGUUCCGUCCAACGACCCUGGCUCCUACACGUCAUCCAUGACCAUCUUCAACUCCCUCAUACCACCACCAUCCACAUCACCCACACCGACGCCUCUCACGUCCGCACCUUCUGAAAUGGCGCUCCUGCUCCCACCAACACCCCCAACUCCACUAAUGACACCCGACACAUAUAACACCCUCUACGCCGCAUCCCCAAUCGCGCAUGUCGAUAAUGUAACAGCGCCAGUGCUGAUAUUGAUAGGCGAGGAUGAUUUGAGGGUCGCUCCGGGGCAGGGGAUUGGUUUUUAUCAUGCGAUUAAGGGCAGGGCAGGUGGAGGUGCGGUGCGGACUGGGAAUGCGACUGAAGAUGGAACUGGAGCUGUGGAUGAGACAGGGACCGAGAAGGACAAAAAGAAAGGGAUAGUAGAAAUGUUAUCCUUCCCCGGAGAAUCGCAUGCGAUCGAUGGAGUUGAAGCUGCUAGGGUUUCGUUUGAGGCUACGAGGGAUUGGUUCAAGGCGUUUGCAGAGGGCCGUUAG